AUGUCACAAAAGAGGGAGUCAAAGAUUUGCUUCGAGAGCGAACGGAGCUCGAGUGUGCGAGUUGAGCGCGACAUCGUCGGGGAUGUCUACGUCGGAUUGACGAGUACCGCACGGCGAGUAAGAUCCUACGUCGCCCGAGUAAAGAGUGCGAGUUCCGGUACGAAUCGAUCCGAGUGCGCGAGUGAGAACCAGUGGAUCCAAUGGCCGAGCAAACCACAAGGACAACCAAGGGUGGAUCUGGACCAGGAGAAGAUCUCGACAUCGUGUGGUAGACUCCGGUCGCGCAAAACGGAUCCACCAGCCCAAAGGACACAAGUAACCGACGAGGUGCGUCGGGGUGAGAAUAAAGGUUACAAUCGGCAUUUCCAAAAAUAA